AUGGGUCUCCUGUCUUCCUAUGCCUCGGACAAACACGUCCAAGUGUACGCCCUUCCCACGGGGUGGGUACACCUCCCCGACAGAUGGAUCUGGCAAGACGGCGACGACGACAUUAUCAAGUCUCGACAGCGUCUCCCCGACUACAGCUUCCUCGUGUGCCAUCCCUCGGGGAAGAACAUCUUGUUCGGCGCCGGCCUGCCAAAGACGUCUCUCGGUCCCUUUUCGCAUGCGCAUGAUUUCUUCGGCGACGGCAGCUUCUACAUCGUCGACACGCCGGGACAUCUGCCCGGCCACGUCACCGGCUUGGCCCAGACCGGACCCGACGAAUGGGUCAUGUUGGGCGGCGAUUGCUGCCACGCGCGCAGCCUGCUCGAUGGGAGCCGCCCGCUCAGUCUAGAUGGAUGUCCGGGCGGAACCAGCCUGCACGUAGACACAGAUGAGGCGAUCAAGUCUAUGGAAAGGCUCCGGAAGCUGGACCAGGACGAUACCGUUUUCGUAGCGCUUUCGCACGACGCCACGCUGGAGGGGAAAAUGCCCGAGUAUCCCACAGCAUUAAACGGAUGGCGAGAGUCUUCGUGGUGGGAAUCCAUCAAGAGGGAGAGGACACAAGCACUAAUACGCCCUGCAGCAUGA